AUGGCGGCUCCAGCGAAGGCCGAUAUCAAGAACCUGCAGGGAAAAUGGGUCAUGAACAAAUCCCUCUCCGACUCCGCCGAUCCCGUCCUCGCCCUACAAGGCGUCGGCUGGCUCACGCGCAAAGCAAUCAACCUAGCCACCGUAACCCAGCACCUCACCCAGAAACCCGCGACCGGCGCCGACGGCUCUCCCAACGUCGAAGUCGUGAUUGAACAAUUCGCCAGCGCCAGCGUCAAGGGCACUACGGAAAACCGCAUCAUGGACUGGCAGUACCGCGGCCACUCAGACUGGCUCUUCGGCACGCUGCAGGGCCGCUCGCGCUACACCACCAUCGCAGCACUACUGGAGGAAGCCAAGGGCAAAGACCCCGAGGAGGAAGACGCAAAGUUCCUGGCUGAGGGGUGGUUGGCGGAAACGCUGGACGGCGAGAUCGUCGAGGGGUUUGUCGAUAACGAUGGCGCGAAGUGGACGGCCUGGCAGAUUUGGGGUUUCGCGGAGAUUGGCGGGGAGCGGCGGUUGACGCGGCGGUUUGCGGUUCGGCGGAAGGACAAGAAGCAGGUGGUUAGGAUACGGUUGACGUAUGAUUGGGUUGGGGAGCUAGAGUAG